CCCGCGCCCCCGGCGCAGCUCAAGUGGUGCGCCUGGAUCGCCGUCUACUGCUCCUUCAUCAGCUUCGCCAACUCGCGCAGCUCCGAGGACACCAAGCAGAUGAUGAGCAGCUUCAUGCUCUCCAUCUCGGCCGUGGUCAUGUCCUACCUGCAGAACCCGCAGCCCAUGUCCCCUCCGUGGUGACACCGCGUGGUCUGC